AUGUCAUUCUUAAAGGAUUUAAUAGAAUCAGCUUUCCCAGUUGCUUACGCUGAAGAACCAGCUGAAGAAGAACCUGUUGAAGAAGAAGAAUCCACUGAAGAAUCCACUGAAGAAUCUGAAGGUGAAGACAAGGAAUCAGGUGAUGAUACCGAAGAAGCUGAUGACAAAGAAUCGGGUGAUGCUGAAGAAGGUGAUGAAGAUGAAGAUGAAGAUGAAGACGAUGAGGAUGAAGACGAAGAUGAAGAAGAAAUUGUUGAUCCAUUAGACACUUUACGUGAAGAAUGUACUAACACCGAGACUUGUAAGCCACAUCUUCACCAUUUUGAAGAGUGUAUCGAAAGAGUCACCAAGGAACAACAAGAAGAAGGCUACGAACACAAGCUAUACAAAGAAGACUGUGUUGAAGAAUUCUUCCACUUACAGCACUGUGUCAACGAUUGUGUUGCCCCAAGAUUGUUCAACAAAUUGAAAUAA